AUUUUUCCAAACAUCAGUUAUUAACAUAAUGUCUUCAAAUAUUUAAAGUGCUAGCGUGACAAAUGAGAUCUCUUAAAUGAUUGCUGAAUAUAACCCAGAAGUUGAGAUGCUCGAAAUAGCUUCUUCAUAAUAUUACUUCUCUGAUUUGUUUGACGAGAUAGUAGGAAUAAAUAUUUAAACCCUAGAGGAAAAGCAAAAUGCAGAUUAGUAAGACUUUAUCUAAUUAUGUUUUAGAUCGUUGAGCAAAAUUAAGCUUAGUAUUAGAAAAACUGGGAAAUCUGUAAGAAAAGGGAAUAAAUUUAGUGCGUUUUAGGUGAAUAGAAAUACUAUGGUCGGGGGAAGUUCAUUUAAAAAAGGCGAUUUUAAUAAUGAUUACUUUGAAAUGCCAAUGUACUAAGAAAAUAAAGGGGAAUGGCAAUAAGAAGAGUAGGAAGCUUAGGUGGAGCAGCUUGCUAUUCCCCAACAAUUAAUCAGCUUCCAAUCCUAAGGUAAUCUAUAUGAUUAAUUCAGAUAAAGAUUUGCUGCUCCAAGACCAACAAGAUAUUAUUAGAAUUAACAAGGUUGAUUUGAAGAUCACCAGAAACAUUAGCAACUUGAACAAGAACUCCAAGGAUUUGAGUUCGUCGUCAUCAAGUCUAAUUUCGAAUUGAGGAAGCCCCUUAUUUCUGAUGACUUCAGAAAAAAGGGGUUGAAAUAAAGUGCGAUCACAAAAUAAGUGACAAUUCUUUUCAUCAACCACUAUAAAUAAAAUUUUUUUUUAAACAUUUCCACAACUUAAUAAAAAAAAUUGUAUUUUUAACUGUGUUGAGUAACCAACCGAAAAUAAU